GCCGGUCGCUUGCUCGCGUCAUCUAAACUUAUCUUGCAUUAUUCAUUAAGCGGCGCGCGCUGCUCCUGUUGUCGUCUUUACCCUUUUUUUAUUUUUCGGUCCUAAGUACGCCCCCCCUCCACAUACCGCUCAAAAGCCGUGAGCUGUGAACUGUUACCGCGUCGGUCGCCGGCCCAUGUUAACCGGUGUUCUCCGUCAAGCAGGCAAAAAGGCAAAGCGUCCUACAUCGACGACUAACGUCCAUUUUUYUCACGCUCCCUCAGCUCUGAUCAAUCAAAACGUUCCUUCGUUGGAUAUAGUCCCCUGUCUUGCCGAAACGGCAGAGUGCAGCUCCACAGCUCUCUCGACAUGAAUCCGUUCGCUGAGCUGUUUCACCGGAUCGCCCUGCUCGUCCUCACGCCCAAAUGCUACCAAGUGUUUUUCUACGAUUUGGAUUUCUUCAACGGUACUUGUAUAAGAUCUGCUCUCAGUAAAUGUCUUGGAUUCGGAAUAGUUGGUGGAUCUCUUUUAGUUAAACUUCCACAAGUGAUCAAAGUAUGGCAAAGCAAAAGUGCUGUUGGAAUUAGUUUGGUAAAUGUUUGCAUGGAUCUCUUUGCUGUCACAUCAAAUGUUGUAUAUAGCUAUACUAGUCAAUUUCCAUUCAGCUCAUGGGGCGAUUCAUUAUUCAUACUAUUCCAAACAUUACUAAUUGUAAUAUUAGUUUUCUACUACAACAUAUCUAAGAGGGCAGCUAGUGCUUUUGCAUUUAUUUAUUGCUCAUUAUUGUUCCUUCUUGUAUCUGAUAUUGUUCCCAAUUCUUUCCUCUGGAACGCACAGUUUAUCAGYAUACCUUUAAUGUUUUAUGGCAAGAUGACUCAAGGCUAUGUGAAUUUCAAAAAUAAAAGUACAGGACAAUUGUCAAUGGCUACAUCCAUUCUUUUAUUUUUAGGAUCAUCUGUACGAGUGUUCACAUCCGUACAAGAAACUGGAGAUAACCUUUUAAUUUGGAGUUUUGCUCUUGCAUCUAUUGCUAACUUUAUAAUUGUUACUCAGUUUUAUUGCUAUAAAUCAGGGUCACCUGUUAAGACUAAAAAAAAAACAAAAAAGAAUAAAAGAGCAUAAAUAACAUAAACAGCAUGCCAUGUAUAUCUAACAAUCACAUGUUUUUACAAUUAAAAUAGUGUUAUAGUAGAAAUAUAAUAACCAAGUUAUUGAUUUAUCUUUAAAGUAAAUCUUCUAAUCAAUUACUCAAGUGGUAUGUUUAUACAUAAAUUCUUUCUAAAAAAUAUUUAGAUAUAAAGUUUAAUUUAUAACAUUUCGUUAAUGUUUCAGUAUACUCUGAUAAUAUUUAAUUUUGGAUUGGAAAUUAUUAAUUAUUUAUCAUUAUUUGAACAUAGUGUGGAAGUAUUUGUAAAAUUUUAAUUUGUUACUUGUAACCAGAUCUCAAAUUAUAUUUGAUAAAAUUCAGAUAACUGAUUGAAAAUUAGAUAUUUCCAUGAGUGUAUUUCAUUUUAAUCCAUAGUGUACAAAAUGGUUGAUAAUGUAAUUCUCUAWAAUGAGGAGUAGGGUUUCUUUAUGCUGUAUGUUUUAUGUGGACAAUUAAUUUUAUUUAAUAUUUAAACCUCUAUUAUAAUAAUUAAAUAAAAUACMAUUUUUAAAAGUGUUCUCAAAAAAAUCCAUUAAAAAAUAAAACAUGAUAAUAAUAUCAUUUUAGUGUUAAACAUUUUUAAUUCCAUGGAAUUUAAAUAAUAUUAUUCA